UGCCCACUUUCACCGCUGUCUCCUGCUCUGCCUGUUCCUGCUUUCAGCAUGGUAAAGAAGAAUACUAUCCCCGAUGGCUCCUGUGAUAGUCUGGAAGGAGCUCCACCAGAGAUCAUAAAAAGGGCAGACAUUAUCAGGGCAAUUAACCAGAGGCUUACCCCAACCCAGAAGUUUACACCAAAAGACUUAAUUGCUGCAAUGAAAGCCCUAAAUGUGGAGCUUGGAUUAAUUAUUGAUUUAACAUAUACCACACGAUACUAUGAAGUUAAGGAUUUACCUAAAAGUGUGCAGUAUAAGAAGCUUUAUACUGUUGGACUUGAAGUCCCCGAUAAUGCUACUAUCCUGCAGUUCAAAAAAUGGGUCAGAAAAUUCCUAUGGGAAAAUGCAGGAAAUGAGAAACUCAUUGGCGUUCACUGUACUAAUGGAAUUAAUAGAACUGGCUACCUUAUAUGUAGAUAUCUUAUAGAUGUUGAAGGCUGGGAUCCAGAGGCAGCAAUCCAAGCUUUUGGUGAUGCUAGAGGUCAUCGCAUGGAUGGUCUCGUGUAUCUCACAGAUCUCAGAACACAACCAAUGAGAAGUAACCUUGGAAUGGAUGUAUGGGAUUCAGAUGAAGAUAUUAUUCCUCCACCACAUGCAAUGGAAGGACCUGUAGAACAAAAACUUCUUUGCAGGUCUGGGAAGAGAUUAAGAAUGUAUGAUGACCACUCUCACAAUGAUAUGCAAGGACAGAUACAGCUGAGAGAUUUUGAUUUCAUUAAUAAGGGACCUGGACAAAGACGAAGACCGUUUCAUGACCAUCAGACUCAGGAUGAUUUAAGAACACCAAUGCAGAUGAGAAAUUGGGACUACAGUAGGGGACCAGGACAGAGGCGAAGACCCUUUCCUGAUCACCAGUUUUAUGAUGAUUAUCAAGAAGACAUGCAGCUGAAGGACCUAGACUUCAGUAACAAGGGACCUGGACAAAGGUUGAGACCUUUUCACGGACACCAAUUUCAUGACGAUUUACAGGCAGAGAGACCAUCGAGGGACAUUGAAUUUAACAGAGGCCGUGGACAAAGGCAGAGAUCUUUUCCUGACCAUACAUCUCAUAAUGACUUGCAGGAAGAUAGGCAGCCAAAGGAUUUUGAGUUUGGUAGCAGGGACCGUGGCCAGAGACGAAGACCCUUCCAUGACCCCCAAUCUCAUGAUGAAUUUCAGACUCAGAUGCAGUUAAAAGAGUUAGAUUGUGUCAGCAAAGGUCCUGGCCAGAGACUAAGAUCUUUCCAUGGCUAUCAGUCUCAUGAUGACUUAGAGUCACAGAUGCAAUCGGGAGAUUUUGAGUUUGUUAGUAGGGGUCGUGGGCAGAGGUUGAGACCUUUCAACAAUCACCAGCCUCGCAAUGACUUACAAACAGAGGUGCAACUAAAAGAUUAUGAUAAUAAAGGUCCUGGGCAAAGGCACAGACCUUUUCAUGACCAUCAGCCUUAUGAUGACUUACAGGAAGAGACUCAGUUAAAGGAUUUUGAUUACAUUAAUAAAGGGCGUGGACAAAGGCCAAGACCUUUUCAUGAUCAUCCAGGUCAUGAUGACUUACCACGUGAAUGGUGUUCAGACAGAAGUCAAUCUUUUUCUUCCCGUGAAAAUGUACCAGAACCUCAUUUCUCCUCAUCUCCUUCACUUCACAGAGAUUAUGGGUCUGAUAAUGAUGACUUUAACAGAAGUUACAGUAAUCGACCAAAUUGUCUUGAAGACAAGAGGAGAAUGCAUUCCUCAGAUGAAUUUAAUAGAGGAAAAAACAGAUUUGUACCAUAUUCUUCACGAACAAUGCAUCCAUCUUCGUCUUUACACCAAGAAGAUAGUUCAAUAGACUAUGAAGGAAAACCUUUUCAAGGUGAAACUACCAGAGAAAUGGAACAAAGCAAAAGAUUACCAGUUGUAACAGUUGAUUACAAUUAUGGUCUGCCAUUAGAUUAUGGACCUGAAGAGGAAGAGAGAACACAUUAUGAUUUACCUCCAAGAGACUGCUACAACUGGAACUGAAUAAAAAGGAUGUUCACUCAUUUAGACUUACUUUUACCCAAUUUACUUUGUAUGUGGACCAAUUUUUUUUU